GAAGUUCGCGUGACGUGCUCGUUUCCUGUGUAUACACGCCACCGCCGCUCCCCUGCCUUGCACGUCAACGAUUUGGUCCUUGAAAGGCUAAACUCUGACUGCCGCGAAUGCUCUAGCUGAACCAGAAAAGACUCCUUUGCUCCCCAUCCAGCGAAAGAUUGAACCCCUUUCUUAAGGAGUGAUAAGAAAGACAAAACGUGUGCGUACUUUUAGUUAUUGCUGUGUGGGCCCCGAUACACUAUUAUUGUGAAUAUACAGAGUUAACAUUAUUCAAACAAGUCCAUCUACCAAGAAGAUGCAAAGGAAAAUAAAGGUAUAAGUGUACGAAGAGUUUGGAAAUUAUCACUGUGACAUUUCUUCUUGUGUUGGAAUGAAGCCUUAGUUCUUCACAACAAGUUAAUAACUUCAUGCCAAAAUCCUUUGGGUGUUACUAAGGAGCCCGGACUUGCGUUUUUAAGGUAACUAGAACAGCAUAGCGUAGCAGAAAACACCAAAAUGGUUGCCUUAUCACUAAAGAUAAGUGUUGGAAAUGUUGUCAAGACGAUGCAGUUUGAGCCUUCUACUGUGAUCUACGAUGCCUGUCGAAUCAUCCGGGAGAGGGUACCAGAGGCACAAACUGGCCAACCCAGUGACUAUGGAUUGUUUCUUUCUGAUGACGAUCCAAAAAAAGGGAUAUGGUUGGAGGCAGCAAAAGCACUGGAUUACUACAUGCUAAGAAAUGGGGAUACUCUUGAAUACAAGAGGAAACAAAGACCACUGAAGAUCAGAAUGUUGGAUGGAACUGUUAAGACCGUGAUGGUGGAUGACUCAAAAACUCUUUCUGACAUACUGUUAACAAUCUGUGCAAGGAUUGGUAUCACAAACUAUGAUGAAUAUUCAUUGGUACGAGAGAUCUUCGAAGAAAAGAAAGAAGAGAAUGUUGGUACUCUGAAGAAGGACAAGACACUGCUUAGGGAUGACAAGAAGAUGGAAAAGCUGAAACAGAAGCUUCAUACAGAUGAUGAAUUGAACUGGUUGGACCAUGGGCGGACGUUAAGAGAACAGGGUGUGGAUGAAACGGAGACAUUAUUGCUUAGACGUAAAUUUUUCUACUCUGAUCAGAAUGUGGAUUCCAGAGAUCCAGUUCAGCUGAACCUGCUAUAUGUACAGGCUCGAGAUGACAUCUUGAAUGGUUCUCAUCCAGUCUCCUUUGACAAGGCCUGUGAGUUUGCUGGCUACCAGUGCUUGAUUCAGUUUGGACCUCACAAUGAACAGAAACAUAAACCCGGCUUCUUAGAUUUGAAAGACUUUCUACCAAAAGAAUACAUAAAGCAAAAAGGAGAGCGAAAAAUCUUCAUGGCUCAUAAGAACUGUGGAAACAUGAGUGAAAUUGAAGCUAAAGUACGUUAUGUUAAACUUGCUCGUUCAUUGAAGACCUAUGGGGUGUCAUUUUUUCUAGUAAAGGAAAAAAUGAAAGGGAAGAAUAAACUUGUCCCACGUUUGCUGGGUAUUACGAAAGAGUGUGUCAUGAGGGUGGAUGAGAAGACAAAGGAAGUGAUCCAGGAAUGGAAUUUGACAAACAUUAAGCGCUGGGCUGCCUCUCCAAAAAGCUUUACACUGGAUUUUGGUGAUUAUCAGGAUGGCUACUAUUCUGUGCAGACAACUGAAGGAGAGCAGAUUGCCCAGCUUAUUGCUGGGUACAUUGAUAUUAUUCUGAAGAAGAAAAAGAGCAAGGACCACUUUGGGCUUGAGGGAGAUGAGGAAUCUACAAUGUUGGAGGAUUCUGUCUCACCAAAGAAGUCAACGGUGCUACAGCAGCAGUUUAAUAGAAUUGGGAAAGUGGAACAUGGAUCGGUAGCACUGCCGGCCAUCAUGCGAUCUGGAGCUGGUGGUCCAGAAAGCAUUCAGAUGGGAGUUAUGCCCCAAGCCCAGCAACAAGUUACCAGUGGACAGAUGCACAGGGGACACAUGCCACCAUUGAUUGCCUCGCAGCUUGCAAUCCUGAAUUCCAUAUCUAACUCCUCCAUGCGGCUCAUAUCCUAUGCAGCUGAUGGAGCGAGCAGGUUAGACAGUGUUCCUCCCUUUUUGGGAAGACAGUUCGCCUCCAAAGCAUGGAGGAAGAACAAGAUGGAUGAGUCCAAACACGAGAUUCACUCGCAAGUGGAUGCCAUCACUGCAGGAACAGCUUCGGUUGUAAACCUUACUGCAGGAGACCCUGCUGACACAGACUACACUGCUGUUGGUUGUGCUGUGACCACCAUAUCCUCAAACCUGACUGAGAUGUCUAAAGGUGUGAAACUGUUGGCUGCACUAAUGGAAGAUGAAGGAGCUAAUGGACGUCAACUCCUCCAAGCUGCCAAGAGCCUUGCUUGUGCAGUCUCUGACUUGCUUAGGACUGCUCAGCCUGCCAGCACAGAGCCUCGUCAGAACUUGCUUCAAGCUGCUGGUAAUGUUGGGCAGGCAAGUGGAGAGCUGCUGCAGCAGAUUGGGGAAAGCGAUACUGAUCCCCACUUCCAGGAGAUGCUUAUGCGUUUGGCCAAGGCUGUAGCCAGUGCAGCUGCUGCUCUUGUGUUGAAGGCAAAGAACGUUGCGCAGAAGACUGAAGACUCUGCUCUGCAGAACCAAGUUAUUGCUGCUGCUACCCAGUGCGCCCUUUCUACUUCACAGCUGGUCGCCUGCACAAAGGUUGUUGCACCCACUAUUAGUUCUCCAGUAUGUCAAGAGCAGCUAAUUGAAGCUGGAAAGCUGGUUGCCAAAUCAGUGGAAGGUUGCAUGGAAGCAUCACAGGCUGCCACAAAUGAUGAGCAUUUGUUAAAACAAGUGGGUGUGGCUGCUACCUCUGUCACACAAGCACUGAAUGAACUUCUGCAGCACAUCAAGCAGUAUGCGACAGGACAGCCUUUAGGUCGUUACGAUCAAGCCACAGAUACCAUACUUAACGUCACAGAAAACAUCUUUAGCUCCAUGGGGGAUGCGGGUGAAAUGGUACGCCAAGCUCGCAUCCUGGCUCAGGCUACCUCAGACUUGGUUAAUGCGAUAAAAGCUGAUGCAGAGGGAGAAUCUGACCUGGAGAAUUCACGGAAACUACUUGCUGCAGCAAAAUUGCUGGCGGAUUCUACAGCUAGGAUGGUAGAAGCAGCAAAGAAAGCAGCUGCAAAUCCUGAUAGUGAAGAACAGCAGCAGAAAUUAAGAGAAGCAGCUGAAGGUCUUCGAAUGGCAACCAAUGCUGCAGCACAGAAUGCCAUUAAGAAGAAGUUGGUCUCCAAGCUGGAGAAUGCAGCUAAACAAGCAGCAGCCUCUGCAACUCAGACUAUUGCAGCAGCACAGCAUGCAGCCUCAUCGAACAAGAACCCUGCUGCCCAGCAGCAGCUUGUCCAGAGCUGCAAGGUGGUUGCAGAUCAGAUCCCUUCAUUGGUUCAAGGUGUCCGUGGAAGUCAAUCCCAGCCUGACAGUCCAAGUGCUCAGCUGGCUCUGAUAAGUGCCAGUCAGAAUUUCCUGCAGCCUGGUGCAAAAAUGGUGACUGCUGCAAAAGCUGCUGUUCCUACAAUCGCAGACCAGGCUUCUGCUAUGCAGCUCAGUCAGUGUUCCAAGAACCUGGCUACUGCCUUAGCAGAACUUCGCACUGCUGCUCAGAAGGCUCAGGAGGCUUGUGGACCUUUGGAGAUAGAUGCUGCUCUGAGCCUUAUUAGGAACCUUGAGAAGAACAUGCAGGAGGCCAAGUCUGCUGCUGCAGAGGGAAAAUUGUUACCCUUGCCAGGAGAGUCGAUGGAAAAAUGCUCUCAAGACUUGGGAACUAGUACAAAGGCAGUAAGUGCAGCAGUCGCCCAGCUAUUGAGUGAAGUGACACAAGGAAAUGAGAAUUACACUGGAAUUGCUGCCAGAGAUGUGGCUCAAGCCCUACGAGCUCUUGGCACUGCUGCUCGAGGUGUUGCUGCCCACACCACAGACCCUCAGGCAAGGGCUGCUACACUUGACUGUGCCAGUGACAUCAUGGAUAAGUCAGCCAAUCUCAUUGAGGAGACAAAGAGGGCAGUUUCAAAGCCUGGCGACCCAGUAUCUCAACAGAGAUUGGCCCAGGUUGCCAAGGCUGUUUCUCAAGCUUUGAACAGAUGUGUGAGCUGUCUACCUGGGCAAAGAGAAUUUGAUGCAGCUAUCCGGACUGUGGGUGAAGCCAGUAAAAUGCUGCUUGCUGAAUCGUUCCCUCCAAGUAACAAGAGCUUCCAGGAGACACAAGGCAACCUGAAUCAGGCUGCUGCUGUUUUAAAUCAGUCAGCCAACGAGUUGGUACAGGCCUCUCGUGGAACACCACAGGACCUGGCAAAGGCGUCUGGGAAAUUUGGACAAGACUUUAAUGAAUUCCUCCAGGCUGGAGUGGAAAUGGCAGGGCAGUCUCAGCGAAAAGAGGAUCAGGUGCAAGUUGUUGGGAACCUAAAGAGCAUCUCCAUGUCAUCUAGUAAACUUCUCCUAGCAGCUAAAGCCUUGUCUGCAGACUCUACUGCCCCCAACCUGAAGAAUCAGCUAGCAGCUGCUGCACGAGCUGUGACUGAGAGUAUCAAUCAGCUGAUUACAAUGUGCACUCAGCAGGCUCCAGGACAGAAGGAGUGUGACAAUGCUCUGCGAGAGCUAGAGACUGUCAGAGAACUGCUGGAAAAUCCCACCGAGGCUGUCACCGACCAGUCCUAUUUUGAUUGCCUGGACAGUGUUAUGGAGAACUCGAAGAUUCUAGGGGAAGCAAUGGCUGGUAUCUCCCAGAAUGCCAAGAACAGUAACUUGCCUGAAUUUGGCGAUUCUGUCAGUUCUGCCUCCAAAGCUUUAUGUGGACUUACUGAAGCUGCAGCACAGGCUGCUUACCUGGUAGGAGUGUCCGAUCCUAAUAGUCGUGCUGGACAGCAAGGGCUGGUGGAUCCUGCACAGUUUGCUAGAGCAAACCAGGCAAUCCAGAUGGCCUGCGCAAACUUGGUUGAUCCAGCUUGCACCCAGUCUCAGGUUCUCUCUGCUGCCACCAUCGUAGCUAAACAUACCUCAGCACUUUGUAAUGCCUGCCGCCUAGCGUCCUCUAAAACAGCAAAUCCAGUUGCCAAGCGCCAGUUUGUCCAGUCUGCAAAGGAGGUGGCCAACAGCACUGCUAAUCUAGUGAAAACAAUUAAGGCCCUUGAUGGAGCAUUCAGCAAAGAGAACCGUGAUAAAUGUCAAGCUGCUACUAUACCAUUGAUUGAAGCUGUUGACAAUUUGACAGCAUUUGCUUCAAAUCCUGAAUUUGCAAGUAUUCCUGCUCAGAUCAGCCCCGAGGGACUCAAGGCCAUGGAACCAAUUGUCGCUUCAGCCAAAACCAUGCUGGAGAGCUCUGCUGGCCUGAUUCAAACUGCUCGUUCACUGGCUGUCAAUCCCAAAGAUCCUCCCAAAUGGUCAGUACUGGCUGGGCACUCGCGGACCGUCUCAGACUCCAUCAAGAAGCUAAUAACUAACAUGAGAGAGAAGGCACCUGGACAGCGGGAGUGUGAUGAUGCAAUUGAAGCCAUGAAUAAAUGUAUCAGAGAUCUGGAUAAUGCUUCAUUGGCUGCUGUGAGUCAGAACUUGGCACCGAGAGAUGACAUUUCUCAAGAGGCCCUCCAUGACCAGAUGGCGGCAGCUGUGCAAGAGAUCAACCAUCUGAUAGAUCCAGUGGCUGUUGCGGCUCGAGGUGAGGCCUCUCAGCUUGGGCACAAGGUUUCUCAGAUGGCAAGUUACUUUGAGCCUCUUGUCAUAUCAACUAUAGGUGCGGCUUCAAAGACCCUAAACCAUCAGCAACAGAUGAACCUCUUGGAUCAAUGCAAGACACUGACAGAAUCUGCACUGCAGAUGUUGUACACCGCCAAAGAGGCAGGAGGCAAUCCCAAGCAAGCUGCUCAAACGCAAGAUGCUCUGCAGGAGUCUGUGCAGAUGAUGAAAGAGGCAGUUGAUGACCUUACUGCCACACUGAAUGAGGCAGCCAGUGCUGCGGGUGUGGUAAGCGGAAUGGUGGAUUCCAUUACACAGGCCAUCAACAAGCUUGAUGAAGGUGCUGACGAAGAACCAGAAGGAACAUUUGUUGAUUACCAGACUACCAUGGUGAAGACUGCCAAAGCAAUUGCUGUAACGGUUCAAGAAAUGGUCACUAAGUCUACAACAAACCCAGAUGAACUUGGCACUCUGGCUCAUCAACUAACAACCGACUUUGGACAACUGGCACAGGAAGCUAAGCCAGCAUCAAUGGUAGCAGAAAAUGAAGAAAUUGGCUUCCACAUUAAGAAUCGGGUACAGGAACUAGGCCACAGUUGUGCUUCCUUGGUUACCAAAGCUGGAGCCUUGCAGUGCAGUCCCACAGAUACAUACACCAAAAAGGAGUUGAUAGAAUGUGCACGCAAAGUCUCAGAAAGGGUUUCUCAUGUAUUGGCAGCACUACAGGCUGGGAACCGUGGUACACAGGCCUGCAUUACUGCUGCAAGUGCUGUGUCUGGAAUUAUUGCUGACCUUGAUACCACCAUCAUGUUUGCUACAGCUGGAACUUUAAACAGAGAGAAUGCAGAGACAUUUGCAGACCACAGAGAGAACAUCUUGAAGACUGCAAAAGCCUUAGUGGAAGAUACCAAGGUGUUGGUGCAGAAUGCUUCAGCAAGCCAAGAAAAACUAGCUCAAGCUGCACAGUCUUCUGUAUGUACAAUCACACGGUUGGCAGAGGUAGUAAAACUAGGAGCUGCCAGUCUGGGUUCUGAUGACCCAGAGACUCAGGUUGUCCUCAUCAAUGCAGUGAAGGAUGUUGCAAAGGCUCUUGGGGAUCUUAUUAGUGCUACUAAAGCUGCUGCUGGAAAAAUGGGUGAUGAUCCUGCUGUUUAUCAACUUAAGAGCUCUGCCAAGGUUAUGGUUACCAAUGUGACUUCUCUCCUGAAGACUGUAAAGGCAGUAGAAGAUGAGGCAACUAAAGGCACACGAGCUCUGGAAGCAACAAUUGAGCACAUCAGACAGGAACUAGCUGUAUUCACAUCUACUGAUCCACCAAUUAAGACCUCCACACCAGAAGAGUUCAUCCGAAUGACUAAAGGGAUCACUACUGCAACAGCAAAAGCAGUGGCUGCUGGUAACUCAUGUCGUCAGGAGGAUGUUAUUGCAACUGCAAACCUUAGCCGCAGAGCUGUAGCUGAAAUGCUGCAUUCUUGUAAGGUAUUUAUCUUUAAAAUAUCCUUCCACUGUAAUGUAUCGCCAGAGGCCAGACAUAGAUCUCUUCGCCUCCCACAGGAAUCAUCAAUUGGAAAAGAAGACCUUCUACAGCAUCUGGAAUAUAUUCUUCAGAAGCCAAACCAUGAUAUGAAGCAGCAUCUAGCAGGGUACUCCAAGCGGGUGGCUGGAUCAGUCACAGAGUUAAUCCAGGCUGCUGAGGCCAUGAAAGGUACUGAAUGGGUAGAUCCUGAAGAUCCAACAGUCAUUGCCGAAAAUGAAUUGCUUGGAGCUGCUGCAGCAAUUGAGGCAGCAGCCAAGAAACUGGAACAAUUGAAGCCCAGAGCCAAACCCAAGCAAGCAGAUGAGAGCCUCAACUUCGAGGAACAGAUCUUAGAGGCUGCUAAGUCAAUUGCUGCAGCAACGAGUGCACUAGUGAAGGCUGCCUCAGCCGCACAGAGAGAACUGGUAGCACAAGGCAAGGUUGGUGCAAUCCCAGCCAAUGCAGUGGAUGACGGACAAUGGUCCCAGGGUCUCAUUUCAGCAGCUCGUAUGGUUGCAGCAGCAACCAAUAACCUUUGUGAAGCAGCUAAUGCAGCAGUCCAGGGUCAUGCAAGUGAAGAGAAACUCAUUUCAUCAGCGAAGCAGGUUGCAGCUUCCACUGCCCAGUUGUUGGUAGCAUGUAAAGUGAAAGCAGAUCAGGAUUCUGAGGCCAUGAAACGGUUACAGUCUGCUGGAAAUGCUGUGAAGAGAGCAUCCGACAAUCUGGUGAAAGCAGCACAGAAAGCUGCAGCAUUCGAGGACCAUGAUGAAACAGUUGUUGUUAAAAGCAAGAUGGUUGGUGGUAUUGCACAGAUUAUUGCAGCCCAAGAGGAGAUGUUGCGAAAAGAGAAGGAAUUGGAGGAAGCCCGCAAGAAGCUAGCAAGGAUACGUGAACAGCAGUACAAGUUCUUGCCUUCUGAACUACGGGAUGAGGGACAGAAUUAAGUCAGAAAAGGGUACCUGGUGAAUUACAGUGAAAAACUCAAAACUACCUGCCUUCUCCACUUUUAGUGCGAGGGCUGUCUGUAAACUGCAGUGCCAAGAGCUGAUUUAAGGAUAAAAUGUACUUUUUAAAGCAAAACUGCAAGCAGUCAACACACAAGGCUGAGGAUUUUGAUCCCCCAGAAGAGCAAAAGCAAGAGGGAAGUUCAUUUGUGUUCCUGUUACAUUUUCAGACUUUUGGCCAUUUCCUUGAAACUCCCUUCACCCAAUACAGAGAAUUCUGUAAUUGUUGCACAGCUAUCGCCACUGCAACUGUUUCCUUUGUGGCACAUUAAGGAUAUGGUUUCCACAAUGAGCGUCUCAAAGCUUUUCACUGCUUCUUAUUUUGAAAUUACAAAGACAGACUAACCCACUUCCUUGUAUCUGCAUUGGUUCAGUGCAUCUUUUUGUGCCUUGUCUGCUCUUGAUACAUUUAGGGAACAAGCCAUUAUUUAAGUGCAUGCGCUUUUCCUGGAUGCAGUUGAACCUAGAAAAGUUCCCCCUGCCAUUUGUGUCUGUUGUGUGUCCAUUUUUUGUUGGCUUUGAAGACUAAUCCUUUUUUCUAGCUAUAAAGUCCAACAUUUCAGUACUGUAUUCCAAAGAUGGUGUUUGUUCUACACAGGAGUGAACAGAUGUCGCAUGCAAGAUUUCUUCCCCAUGCAAGUCCACAUACAGUUGGGGUUUAUGGUGCAAUUGGUUAAAUGGUUUUUAAAAAGUAAACUUUUGUAUUAAUACUUGCACAGAUUUAAAAAAAAAACGUAUUAUACAUAUUUUCUAUGAAAUUAAAUGGAUCUAAGUUGCCUUGAGUCAUGAUUAUGGAUUUUACUUAACAGUUGAGGGGGGAAGAUUGUUGUAUAAUUUCAUAAAACGGUAACAGUCACACUUAAUGCCCUUCGUGUGAUGAAUGCUUUAAGUGUCCUUAAAACUAUCAUGUAAACAUUUUGUGUGUGUAUAUGUGCAUGUGUGUUUUUUUUUUAUUAUUAUUAUGAUGUAAGCAUCAAAGAUGAAGGUUACUUGCUGUAAAGAAGGGCCCUACUUGGAAGUCAUGUUGGUCUGCUGGCCGCCUUCAUGAUCUUUGCAUUAUAGCAAAAAGUACUUGUGCUACUAUUUUGUUAUUGCUUUGUAGUGCUUUUGGGAUCCCCUUGACAUGUCAAACAGAAUGAGUAGAAAUGAGUAGUCCUUUGUCCGUGUGCAUCUUGGAAGGACACGGUUUCAACAUUCCAUCUUGGUACCUCUGAAACUUGAUUAGUAGUUUUUGUACUAUUUUGGGGGACUGCCUCUUGUUUGGACCUGGCUCUUCUAAUGUGUAAAUCUAGGAGAGAAAUGUUUACAAAUUUUUAUGUUUUCUUGGUAGUAAAGUAGGCUGUGACGGUGAAAUGGAGCACUACUGAAAGUAAGAAGGGGUAUGGCUGAAUUGGUUAGAGCAGCAAUAAUAGUUAUUAGUGAAUUUCAAUUCCUUUCAUGGAAUUUGGUAUGCCUUGUGGUUGUGUUCUGACAGGCAUCUCUUUAACACAGGGAGAGUCACUGGUAAAUUCAGUCUUGUACACUUGACUGUUGCCUUUUUGUGUUUGCAUAUUCAUUUUUAAUAAGUGCCUAUGUUUACUUGCUGUAAUGAUGCCUUUUGUUUUCAGUUAAUUUACUAAAAUUGUUGAAUACAUUAAGCCAUUUAAGGUGCACUUAAGUACGGUUAACUUAUGAACUCUUUUUACAUGUUGAAAGGUGUUGGAUGUAUCUAGGUGUUCCACAUAGUGCUGAGUAUUGACAGUGGGAGAGUGACUUCUGCUGGCCUGUCCGACUGUCAGUUUUAGCAGCUGGCAUUGCUCAAAAAAAGGGUAAUUUAUUAAUUUUUAAAAAAGAAAAAAAAAUCCAGUAUCCACCAUAUGUUCACUUGCCGAAUUACAGAAUUAGUGUUAUAUUGUCACUGAGCUAAUGCCUUCAAAUCACGGCUUCUAUUUUGAUACUGUGUAAGCUUAUACUAUAAAACUGUUAAGGGAUUUAGAAAUUUUAUUCUAGUUUAACAUGUUUUCUUGGAAAGUGUUAUGGAUAAAUAAAGAUUUUUUUCACCAGAGUA